GUUAAUUACACUAUUGUAUUUCUUGUUUUAUUUUUAAUUUCAAAAUUUAUUUAUUUAUGACAGUAUUAAAACUAUGUAAAUUAUUCAAUGUUCGUAAUUAAACAAAAUUACAGAAUUUUAACCUAACUUUCUCAUCUAGUCUCGUAACCAGCAAUUUCGUUAUAUACAUAACAUUGCAGGAACCUAACCUCUGCAAAUAAUGAAAGAUUAAUGUGUUAUAUCCAUUUGAUAAAAUGUAUAUAUAAUUAAUUAAUAAUAAAGAUUGAGAAAGAAUAUGAAAGCAGUAAUACAACGUGUAACAAGUGCCUCUGUUACAGUGGACGGUAAAGUUAUUAGUAGUAUUGGAAAUGGAAUCUGUGUAUUAAUUGGUAUAAAAAGAGGUGACACUUUGGAUGACUUAAAGUACAUAGUAAAAAAGAUUUUAAAUACCAAGCUUUUUGAAAAUGGUAACAAGAAAUGGAGUGCCAGUGUUAUGGAUAAAAAAUAUGAGAUUUUGUGCGUCAGCCAGUUUACAUUGUAUCAUGUUUUAAAAGGAAAUAAACUUGAUUUUCAUAGAGCAAUGCCAGCUCAAGAGUCAGAACAAUUUUAUAAUAACUUUUUGAAUGAGUUGGGUAAAAAUUAUAAACCAGAACUAAUUAAAGAUGGUAUAUUUGGAGCAAUGAUGGAUGUUAGCAUACAAAAUAACGGACCUGUUACUUUAGAAAUAGAAUCUCCAAAUGUGAACUUUAAAAGUUCUAACGAUUCGCCAUCUUAGGAGAAAAUAUACUAUGACGUCUCAGUCAUCUCCUGCUAGUAACAUCAGAGGGCAGCACAGACACCAGAGGAAGGUGGCACUAGUAGCGCGUCACUGUUCCCCUUCCACCUCAUUAGUCAGUCAAGGCUCGCAUCGCAUGGGGUAAACAUCGUACGUCUCGAUCAUCAGGUUUACGAAUUUUCUUAUACGUUUUCUUGAGACAUAUAUUUAAUAAAUGUAAUUGUUUUUUACUAGCUA